GUAACCUUGUUGGCUCAGGGACAAAGGCAAAGUAUAGGGUGGUAUCUUCAGUGCUACUACUAAAUUUACUUUUCCCAACACUCCUCUCCACCACCACCACCACCACCACCAACACCACUCACUCCAUAAAAGGAAAACACCACCGUUGAUGGCCCCACCAGGUGUACCGGCCAGUGCUUUCUCGGCCACCGGGAAGGUUUCUGGACCGAACACGGCCGGCUACUCAAAGAGAGCCUACGUGACAUUUCUAGCCGGAACUGGUGACUAUUGGAAGGGGGUGGUGGGACUGGCUAAGGGUUUGCGCAAGGUGAAGAGCGCAUACCCUUUGGUGGUAGCAAUGUUGCCGGAUGUGCCUGAGGACCACCGCGAGAUCUUGAGGUCUCAGGGUUGCAUCCUUCAAGAGAUUGAACCCAUUUACCCACCGGAGAACCAGAUUCAGUUUGCUAUGGCUUACUAUGUGAUCAACUAUUCCAAGCUCCGCAUAUGGAAUAUGGAGGAGUACAGCAAGAUGAUGUACCUAGAUGCAGACAUCCAAGUUUUUGAGAACAUCGAUCACCUAUUCGACAUGGCAGACGGGUACUUCUAUGCGGUGAUGGACUGUUUCUGCGAGAAGACAUGGAGCCACUCCCCGCAGUACUCAGUCGGAUACUGUCAGCAGUGCCCGGACAAGGUGAAAUGGCCCGGUGAAUCCAUGGGCUCACCCCCUCCCCUGUAUUUCAAUGCCGGGAUGUUCGUUUUCGAGCCUAGCCGCUUGACUUACGACACCCUUCUCGACACCCUCCGGAUCACUCCCCCAACACCCUUUGCUGAGCAGGAUUUCCUCAACAUGUUCUUUGAAAAGACGUACAAACCAAUUCCUCUCGUCAACAACCUGGUUCUGGCGAUGCUAUGGCGCCACCCGGAGAAUGUGGAGCUCGAAAAAGUCAAAGUGGUUCACUAUUGUGCUGCUGGAUCAAAGCCAUGGAGGUACACUGGGAAAGAAGUUAAUAUGGACAGAGAGGACAUCAAGAUUUUGGUUGCGAAAUGGUGGGAUAUCUAUAACGAUGAGUCCCUUGAUUUCAAAGUCGAAGAAGGCACUGAUCUAGAGGGAGAGACCUUCUCAAGGCCCUCAAUCAUGGCUUCCAUGCCUGAGCCUGCAGUUUCCUACAUUCCGGCACCUUCUGCUGCCUAAAACCAACAAUUACCGAGUGUUAUAAGUUGGUGUAACCUACUCUACUAAACAAUACUUUAUGUUAGGCUUCUUCAUUGGCUUUUUUUUGGGGUGUGAGACAACACUAUAUAUAUACACUAAUAUACUUUAGUUAUGUGUACGCUAUUUCCAGUGUGUAUCUAUGGGAAAAGGAAUGUAUUAUAGUUUGCUUCUUGUAUAAGAGUUCUUAAUACUAUAUUUCUACAUGUUCGCAUAA